GUAAGUCACUAUCUGAAACUCUGGAGUUAGCAGCUAAGAAUGUUGAGUCACCAUCUGAGAAAAUAGUAGUAAGUCACUAUCUGAAACUCUGGGCUUACCAGCUCAGAAUAUGGAGCCAUCCUCAUUAGAUUCACCUAUCAAUAUGGAGUCAUCAAUUGAGAAUACUAAGUCACCAACUGAAGUUGAACUGCCAGGUGAUAUGAAACAAGACUCUGAAGUCAAAGACAAUGAAUCUAGUGAGCCCAAUGAUGUUUGUCCAAAGAAUGUUGAUGACGAUGACAUUGAGAUGACUGAUGUGGUCCAAAAUGUUUCAAGAGACAGUAUCAAUAAAAUUAUUGAAAUGAAUAUUCCAGCCAAGGGUGACAGGGAUGGUGAAAAUGACAACUCAUCCAGUACACUCACUGAUAAUGGAUUAGGGGAAAAUGUGGAAGAUUUGGAAACAAAGGAUAGCACCAAUAUACCUACUAGUGAUGAUAAACCCAUGGUUGACAAUGGGACAGAUGGUACUGAUGUAAAACCUGAUGAAAAAAUACCACAAAGUUCCACUCCUGAAAAUGAGAUUAGUACAGAAAAGGACACUAAAGAUGUCAAAUUAGAUGUAAAAGAAGAGCCCGACCAAAAAGCAUCAGUUGACCUGGAAAGGACUAGUGAAUCGGAUAAAUGCAAAACUGAGGAAAAAACUGAUGACAUAUUGGAUAUUAAACCUAAAGAAAUAUCUGAUGUAGUAGUUAAUAGGAAACGCCCACCAUCUUCACCUAAUAAAUCCAUGAUGGCAAAAAAAUCCUGCUUGGAAUCCAUCAUUAACAGGCUUGGGUCCCAGAUUGGUGUCCCACCUACAGAAGUGCAGCCUGAUGAUGAAGAUGAUGCAGAAUCAUCUGAGACAUCUGAUAGUAACAGCACAACAGGUAGCGAGAACUCAGAGGAGGACUCAGAAAAGAAACUCAAGUCAAAAUCAAUUAAUAAAAAGAAGUACCAUGAGAUGGUGAUGCAUAUGGCCAGUAUGUAUGUGAAGCAGCAGACAGAAAGCCUCCAAAAGAGAGUCAAAGAGCUGGAGGCCAGUAAUGAAGCAUGGAAGGCCCAAGCACAGGAGAUGUCUGCACAAAUAAUGGACCUGACCACUCAACAAUCAAGAUAUGAACGCAGGAGACAGCCAACCAGGACAUGCAAUGCAACAAGGAAUGUUGCAGUACAAGUUGAUGGUGGCAAGGUUGCCCAGAUUAUCGAAAUGGCUAACAAUAUAUCACCUCGUCGAACUCAACCAGGUGCUCAGAGUCCUAAGGCAUCAGGUGUGACUGUCAAGGCAUACCAGUUGGCUUCUGCUCCCCAACAGACAUUGACCCAAACUGCCAACGGAGCCAACAAUAAAGGACUUCUAUCUCUGAAUAGCAUGAAACCAGUAGCAGGGACUAACAAACACUCCACUGUUCGGUCUAUGUUGGGUGGGCAAACUGUCCACCUCCAGACUGUACCUGGCAAUCUCUCCACCCUACAGGCUGUCCCCUCAUCCGCCUCAACUUCGACUACAUCAUCUGUAUCAAAAGUUAAGGUUAUAGAUUUAACAGAGGAGGGAAAUAAGAACAAGGUGGCAGGGCUGUCUGUAUUGAAACCUGGCUCCCAAAUUGUAGGCUUACCUAUAAACUCAAAUAUGAUUCUACAGAAUAGUAACAAACCAAUCUAUCUUCAAGCCUUAAACCCAGGUCAGAUACGACCGAAUAUGAACAUAGUGUAUCAGGCGCCAUCUAAUGUUGUUCUUCCACCUGGGGCAUCUAUUCAGGGUCUUGUAUCUACAGCUAGCACACAGUCAUCUUUGAUACGCACAGCAAUGACCAGUAAUCAGACCACUGUAAGCACUGUUACCACCCCUCGGCCACCUCCACCCCUCACUCGACCCCCACCACCUCUACAGAGUGCGCCAAAUAAGGUGGUAAACACACAGAAACAGGGUAAUGUUGUGUCAAAGGCUAAAGGUGGGCCUUGGGGAAGUGGACAUCCAGCCCCCCUACCUCCCAUGCCACAGAACCAGCAAAAUGCCAGUAAGAAGCUACCUCAAAAACCUGGACUGAAGAUCUCAAGAGUACCAAAUGGUAUUGUGUUGUCAUGGAAUAUGCAGGUUGAUGAAGUGAACCAUGCUAAAAUAGUCAACUACCAGUUGUACGCCUACCAAGAAAGUCCUGAUAUGGUUCCUAAGAUAUCCCUGUGGAAAAAGGUGGGUGAAGUAAAAGCCUUGCCUCUGCCCAUGGCUUGCACACUUACACAGUUCCAAGAGGGCAACAAGUACCACUUUGCAGUCCGAGCCAUUGAUGAACACACCAGAGUGGGUCAAUUCAGCGAACCAAGCAGUAUUCACCUCAC